AUGUGGGUACAAUCUAGGGUGUCCAACUCUGUUGUCCUCAUCUGCUUUGGGAUUCAGGUGAUUCUCUGUGGUAUCUGGCUGAAAACCACUCUCCACUUCCUAGACACAGACACAUACUCUGACGCUGGUCACAUCACUAUUCAUUGGAAUGAGGGCUCUGAUAUUGCCUUCUACUGUGUCCUGGGCUACACGGGCUUCCUAGCCCUGGGCAGCUUUACUGUGGCUUUCCUGGCCAGGAGCCUGCCUAACACCUUCAAUGAAGCCAAGUUCAUCACAUUCAGCAUGUUGGUGUUCUGCAGUGUGUGGAUCUCCUUCCUCUCCACAUUUCAGAGCACCAACGGUAAGGCCAUGGUGGUUCUGGAGAUCUUCUCCAUGCUUGCCUCCAGUGCUGGGUUACUGGGCUGCAUCUUUAUUCCCAAGUGUUAUGUGAUCCUGCUGAGGUCAGACAGAAAUGCCCAGGAUUGGAUAAAGAAGAAAGUAGAUUCCAAGGACAAAGUAUUGUGGUCCAUUGCCUAA